AUAUUGCCAUUGGACCUGCUUAUAAGACAGUACACAUUAACUGUGAUUUGCAAAGGAAGAGCAACCGAAAUGAAUAUGCAAUAAUUCGUUACAAUGGCAAUUACUGUAUCUCACAUGCCUUUGAGUUUGAGGUGCACUGGAUAGAAGCUACUGGUUCUAUAGUACAUGAUUUGGUGCAGGGAUGGGCUCGAAAGGCAACUUCGUGUGGUUUCCAUCUUGUACCUGUUCCUGUUAGUCCAUUUCCAGAUCGUCUUGGUAACAACAUGGAUCCUCUUAGACUACCUGUUUUURUACCUGUUGAUGUAACUGYCCUUCGAGAGGUACUGAAAAGUUUUGACCGUUCAACCUACCAACUGCGAGUAUUUUUGUUUCUUGAGGCAAUUCUUAACAAGUUUGAAUUUCUGAAAGAUUCUCCAAGCAGAAGUUGGCAUGACAAACCAUAUAUUACGACUACUCCUGUGCAGUGCCGUGCUAACUACUACAUCCACACCAGUGGCUCUGUAUGUGCGCAAAUUAUUGAUCAAGACAGUGCAAUGGAUUUYGAAAAUGAAAAAGUAGGGAUUUAUUGGACUAACAACUUUACACUGACAAAGAAAUGGCGCUCUUCGUCUACAGGUGAUGGAGAUUUUGCUACCAAACUUUUUUCUGAUUUUGGACGGUUUUGUUCAAACACAUGUGGUUCCCUUGAAGCAUUCUGUAAACGUGUCCAAGAAAGUGUUCAUGCUGAUUAAACUUUCAUCUAAUAUCUU